UUAUUGCGGAAGAAAAGAAAAGGAAGGCAAUCAAAGUAGUUAGGUUCAGAGUUGGCUUGCCUCUCAGCUGAAUCGCUUUUAAAGUCUGCCAACAAGCCUGACGGUGACGUUCCUCUCUCCUUUUCUGAACUAAAAUAAAACUCAACUCUUCCACUCCACAAACCAAACCAAAGAGAAGAAAGAAAAUGGCUUCUUCUCCAAAGCUUUUCCUUCUCUUCCCCAUUUCCUUCUUCUUUUCUCUCCUUUUUACUUCCACUCAUUCUCGUCUCUCUCCGCAAACAACAACCACACUCGAUGUCUCUUCUUCUCUUAAACAAGCUCAACAUAUUCUGACCUUCGAUCCACAGUCUUUAAAACCCACCGCUCAUUCCCAAAACGAAGCCCUUUUCUUCAACUCUUCUUCUGUUUUUUCCAUUCCACUUCUCUCUCGAGGGUUUCUCCACAAAACCCACCACACCGACUACAAAACCCUUGUCCUAUCCCGACUUCACCGUGAUUCAGCCCGAGUCGACUCACUCACAACCAAACUCCUACUCACCGUGAAUGGAGUCCAGAAGUCCCAGCUCCGCCCUCUCACCACCGAAAUCCAACCCGAGGCGCUUUCCACCCCCAUUAUUUCCGGGACAAGCCAAGGUAGUGGAGAGUACUUUUCUCGGGUCGGAGUCGGUAACCCUGCUAAACAAUUCUACAUGGUUCUCGAUACCGGAAGUGAUAUUAAUUGGAUCCAAUGUGAACCUUGUACGGACUGCUACCAACAAUCCGACCCCAUAUUUAACCCGUCCGCAUCCUCCACUUACAGCCCGGUUUCUUGCUCGUCGAGGCAGUGUUCUUCUCUUGAAGUUUCCGCUUGCCGUAGUGGGAAAUGUCUUUACCAAGUCUCGUACGGAGAUGGGUCUUUCACGGUCGGGGAGUUUGUAACUGAAACGGUGUCGUUUGGAAACUCCGGUAGCAUCAAUAACGUUGCUUUGGGUUGUGGCCAUGAUAACGAAGGCUUGUUUGUUGGAGCUGCGGGUUUGCUUGGACUCGGCGGUGGAUCCUUGUCUUUAACUUCUCAGAUUAAAGCUUCGUCGUUCUCUUAUUGUCUAGUGGAUCGCGACUCCGCUGGCUCGUCGACUUUAGAUUUCAACUCGGGGUUACCGGGUGACUCGGUGAUCGCGCCUCUAAUAAGGAGCCGAAAGGUCGAUACGUUUUAUUACGUUGGUCUGACCGGGUUCAGCGUAGGUGGGCAACCGGUUCAACUGCCGCCGGGACUUUUUAACAUGGACGAAUCAGGAAACGGAGGAGUGAUCGUCGACUGCGGGACGGCCAUAACUCGGUUGCAAACUCAGGCUUACAACGCGCUCCGAGACGCGUUCGCGAAAUUAACUCAAGACUUACCGAGCACGAGCGGAGUGGCUUUGUUCGACACGUGUUACGACUUGUCGUCGAGGAGCAGCGUAAGGGUCCCAACGGUAGCGUUUCACUUCGGCAGUGGAAAGUCACUGGAUUUACCUGCAAAAAAUUAUUUGAUCCCCGUGGACUCAUCGGGAACAUUUUGCUUCGCGUUCGCUCCAACGUCGUCGACUUUGUCCAUAAUCGGGAACGUGCAGCAGCAGGGGACACGUGUCAGCUUUGAUAUAGCUAAUAAUAGGAUUGGGUUCUCUCCUCAUAAAUGUUAAGACGGUUAAUUAUCCUGCCCUUUUUAUCUGCGGUAAAAAAGGGUUAAGAAGAAGUUUGAUUUCAUAGGAUUUUUAGGUGAAUUUUUACUAUUAUUACCAUUAGUAGUACUUUUUCUUGGCUGGAAAAAUUAAAUGGGGACUUCCACUUGGGUGGGACAGAUUAAGAGGUUGGGUCCCACUCGAAUAAAUUCCAAAGAAAGAAAGAGGCUUUUGGAUGGUGUGGGUAAUUAAUUAUUAUUUUGUGUGCUUUUUUACUUACAGUAGAGUAGUUCAGGGGCAUUGUAUAGUAAAUCUGUUGAAAAUUGAAGGGCAAUUGAUGUAUUAGAUUGUGUGUUGUAUGAGUAUGAAAUGAAAAAUAUCUACGUUACAUUGUAAA